AUGGCGUCGGCUAGCGCUCUUCCCCAAACGCUCAAGUCCAUCAAUGCCACAAAGAUCGAGGAACAGUCCAAACAGCGCACUCUCUUUGAAGAGCGGAAGAAUGAAGUCAUGGCAGCUGCCGCGAGAGCCCCGGACCUCCGGGCCAAGGCGAGAAUAUCAACGGCCGAAUCAGAGGGCCAUUCCUCCAUCUACAACCGUGGCAAUUCAAAUUGGGAACGCAAUGGCAAUAUCAACGUCCGCCGCUUCCUCUUGCAGAGCAACUACGAUGCUUCUGUUUCUGAUGAAGUCAUCCAAGAGUGGAUAUCGCAGCUCGAACACAAACUGGCUUGUCUCACCGUCAAUCUUGAGGAGCCUCGACCGGAUGAUGAGACGACGCCUGAUAUUCGGUCCGCGUUUGAAGAAAUCGGCCGCCGGGAAAUGCAUGAGCAGCGGGCAAUUUGGGAGUCGCUCGUCUUUUCGGCCGCCGAUCUCGAUCCAACCCGCGUCGAGGAUUAUCUCGAUCGACUCUUUUGCAGGACGAAGCUCUCUAGGCAGGCUCUCAAGGAGCUCCGCGAAAGGAUCAGAAUUUUCGGCGUCGAACUGAUGGCAGAUCGAGAGUGUUUCAUCAUCCACACCCUCAAAUUGGUAAGUGCGUCGUUGCUGAGGAGUGAUCUGCUCUCUCCCGAGAAGACGGCAAUUCUGAAGGAGUUCAUGAGGAACAACGAGGUCGCCCAGGAGGUCGCAGACGUCUUGAACUUGCGGUUUGCCUUCCUAGAUAACUGGAGCUGGGAACCAGACGGUCUUCCAGUAGAAAUGCGACGGCAGCUAAAUGGCAAAUAUCGUGUCUUCAUGGAUGAGGACCUCAUCAACGCUCUUUUGCUUCACUACAUUGGCCUGAAGUGGCCUGUCAAAUUCCGGCACGUGUUCGAAAUAUUCCUGCACUCUCCUGCCUGGAAGUCCAAUGCCAGGCGCAUCCCCAGACACCAUCGGGAAAGACGCCGAUAUUUCCUGGACGAAAAGUCGAGUUCUACGAGGACUCCCUUCCACCCGCGUUGCGUGGAUGAUUUUCGCAAGGCUACAUAUGUAAAUGACUAUUUUAUGAGUCAACUUCCUAGAUCGCUGGAAGCAGACAAGCGGGACUAUGAUGCUGAAGAACAUGGCGCUGGAGGCGAUACACGCAAAAGUCCCAUUGGAACAAAGCAUUCAUUGCUCCAUCUUUUGAUUACGGAGUCUCUGGUCCAUACCACCCUUCGUGGAGAAUUUACCGUCAUCCGGUCCGACUUUAAAUGGUUUGGACCGUCUCUGCCUCACGCUUCCAUUCUCGCAGUCUUGAAAUUCUUCGGAGUCCCAGAAGACUGGCUGCGAUUUUUCAGGCGCUUUCUAGAGGCGCCGUUGAAGUUUGUUCACGAUGAUCCGCAGGCCAGAGUCCAGAUUCGCCGCAGAGGCAUCCCGAUGAGCCACUCGCUUUCCGACUGUUUCGGAGAGGCCGUUCUUUUCUGCCUGGACUAUGCCGUCAACCAGCAUGCUAAUGGUGCCUUUCUUUACAGACUUCACGAUGACUUCUGGUUCUGGGGGGAGGAAAAGACAUGCAGAAAGGCGUGGGCGGCGAUGACCGGUUUUGCGAAAGCUAUGGGUCUUGAAUUCAAUGAUGAGAAGACUGGGACUGUUCAUCUUGGGAAGAGAAGAGAUCCAACUGCUACACAGCUUGCAGCGGAAUCCGAAUACUCCUCCUCCUCGUCGUCGUCGUCUGAGGACAAUGGAGAGAGUGACGAAGAGGACAUGGAUACAAGUCCGGAUGCCAAUGAUCCUGGCCCUCUACCGGAAGGUGAGAUACGCUGGGGUUUUCUCCGGCUGGAUUCUGAACGAGGGUCCUUCCUCAUCGAUCAGGAACAAGUAGACGCCCAUAUUGACGAGCUUCAGCGGCAGCUCUCGGCCUGCAAGAGCGUCUUGGCCUGGGUGCAGGCCUGGAACGGCUAUUUUGCCCGAUUCUUUAGUAACAACUUUGUCAAACCCGCCAUGUGCUUUGGUCGUUCUCACAUCGAUAUGGUAAUCUCUACGCUGAGCCGAAUCGAGAGCACUGUCUUCUCCAAGAUCGACCCCGCAAGAGGCGGCAGAGGCGGCAGGGGUGGCAGCACCAACGUCACAGAUUACCUGCGAAGCGUGAUCGCUCAGCGCUUCAAUAUGCGCGAUCUUCCUGACGGAUUCUUCUACUUUCCGGUCGAGCUGGGCAGUCUGGAACUCCGCAACCCGUUCAUCCCGUUUCUUGCGAUGCGCGAAAACAUCAAGCAGGCCCCGCGGAAACGACUGCAGUUGGCACUGCUGAAAGAGGAGGCGGCCUAUUACUCCGCCAAGGAGAGGUUUGAGAAAGAAGGCUCCAAUUAUAGAUCCUAUCUUCGCGACCAGCCAGUCGCCUUCUUCCCUCUGGAGGAGUACAUGUUGUAUCUCGAGUCCCACAGUUCCGCUCUCCUCCAGGCUUACAAGGACCUGCUCCGAGUCCCUGACGAGGUCGGCGUUGGCCAAACCCCCGAGUUCAAAAGCAACAAGAUGUGGCUGCAGGCGAAUAACAGGAAGACGACCAAACUUAUCCGCUCGACCUGGGACCAGAUGACGCCGUACUGGAAGUGGGUCGCGGAGCUCUAUCAUCCCGGCAUGGUCCGCAAGUAUGGCGGGUUGGCUGCCGUGGAUCGAGCGUUGAUGCCGCUAGGCGUGGUCAAGGUGUUGCGGGAGGGUCGAGUAAGAUGGCAGGGAUAA